AACAUUUCUCUUCCUCACCUCCUCCUCCUCUUCUUCAUCAAUCCUCCUCCUCGCGCACUGAAAAGCUGCGGAAGCGCGCGUGUCUCCUCCGUGUCCUGACCGCGUCCAGCAGCAUCUGCAGGAGACACGGGGACACGCGGAACAGUGAGGGACUUGUUGCGCGUCCUCAGUCUCAGUUUUCAUCCAAAAGUCGUCGCCGCUGGCUGAACCUGCGCCUGCGCGUCAUGCUCUGAUUCUGAGCGCGUGCGGAGCAGAGUGUGGACUGUGAGGAUCGAUGAUCGAUGACUGUCUGAUCGGCACUGAUCACAUCUGAGUGAUUAGUUUCGGCUCCACCGCUGCCGCGUCUGCCGCGCGCGCGUGCCCGGACUGUGACGCUCCACGCGCUCAUCUGUGGCUUUAAAUGGCAGCCGCGCUUCACAAACUUUACUCAGGUCUGAUCCAAAGACUUGACUAGUUUUUUGUUUUGUUUUCAAUUUUCAUUCACCGGAACCGAGAUCCGCUUCUUCUGAGUGACGUCAUGUCUGAACGCGAUGGAAACGGAGACAGCGACGGAACGCCGGACUUCAUCCCGCCCAGAGUGUCCCGCGGCCGGCGGAGCGGCGUCAUCCUCCCCGGCGGCGGUGGUCAGGACUCGGACACCAUCCUUCUGGAGUCCGUGAAGGCAGCGCCGCGCAGGAGCAGCAUCAUAAAGGAUCCUUCAGUGCAGAAGGUGGGCGGAGGCAGGAAAAAGACUGUGUCCUUCAGCAGCAUGCCCUCUGAGAAGAAGGUGAGCAGUGCAGCAGACUGCCUGGCCUUCAUGCAGGGCGGCUGUGAACUGAAGAAGAUCAGGCCCAACUCCAGAGUCUACUGUCGCUUCUACACCCUGGACCCGGACCUGAGCUGCCUGCGUUGGGAGCCGUCCAAGAAGGACGGGGAGCGAGCUCGCCUCGACGUCUCCAGCGUCAGGGAGGUCCGCACGGGCAAGAGCACGGAGACCUUCCUCCAUAACGGACCGCUGUCUGAACACCUGGCUGAGGAAGCUGCUUUCUCUAUCAUACAUGGAGAUGAUUACCAGUCUCUGGACUUGGUUGCUCUGUCCGCUGAUGUGGCAAACAUCUGGGUGACGGGUCUGCGUUACCUGUUAGCCCACCCGUCUGUGAUCGGCGGAGCCGGGUGCGGUGGCGGAGGAGGAGGCGGGGCUUUGAGUGAAGGUGGGGGCGUGACAGUGGAGGGAAGCCUCGGGAGCAAGAUGAGGAGCGAGUGGCUGACGGCCGAGUUCGCCCAGGUGGAUGAGGACGGCUACGGCAUCGUGUCUGAGGACGUGGCGGUCGCCACCAUCUGUAAACUGUGUCCCGGCAUCAAAGAGGCAAAGGUGCGUCUGCGUUUUAAAGAAAUCCAGCGCAGCAAAGAGAAGCUGACCUCACACGUGACACGCGAGGAGUUUCAGGAAGCGUUCUGUGAACUCUGCACACGGCCCGACGUCUACUUCCUGCUGGUGCAGCUGUCCAAGGACCGCGAGUGUCUGGACCCUCAGGACCUGCGUCUCUUCCUGGAGACGGAGCAGGGUCUGUCCCUGGCGACGACGGAGGGAUGCUGGGAGCUGCUGCGGCGCUAUGAGCCGUCGGUCCAGGGCAGAGAGAGGGGGCUGAUGGGUCUGGACGGGUUUGCCCGGUACCUGCAGUCGCCCGAGUGUCAGCUGCUCGACCCGGAGCACCAGGGCGUCUGUCAGGACAUGAACCUGCCUCUGUCUCACUACUAUGUCAGCACGUCGUAUCGCUCGUACCUCCUGGACGACCAGGUCCACGGCAGAGCGGACAUCGGGGGCCUGAUCAAGUCUCUGCAGUCCGGCUGUCGAUGCCUGGAGCUGGGAGUGACCGACGGUCCGGAGGGGGAGCCGCUCCUGGGCGUGGACUACGGUCCAGACAUCCCCCGCCAACAUCACCACCACCACCAUCACCACCACGCACCUGUGACCAUCCGCUCCGCUCUGGAGGUGGUCAACAAGUACGCCUUCCUGACCUCACCGUACCCCCUGCUGGUGUACCUGUGCCAGCGCUGCUCUCCCGCACAGCAGCGAACGAUGGCACAGCACCUGAAGAAGGUGUUCGGCUCACGGCUCUACACGCCCGACGCUGCGCCGGUGAACCUGGGAGGGCGGGCGACGAUCCUGCCGUCCCCCGAGCAGCUGAAGGGGCGGAUCCUCAUCGUGGGGAAAAAGCUCCCCGCGGAGGAACAAGGCUCGGAAGGGGAGGUUUCUGAGGAGGACGAGGAGAUCGGAGGAGGUGGGCCUUUGGCAGGGCGGCGGAUGACCAUACCGGGUGAGGAGGAACUGGGCGUGGUCUUAGUAGUGCCUCCACCCUCUCAACCCAGGAAGCUCCGCCUCCACAAAGACCUGUCGGACCUGGUUGCGAUCGCUAGGACCGGCAGCCGCAGCUUCUACGCCCACAGAAUGAGUCAAAGACAGAGUUCUCAGCAGUCGCCGCCCAGCAGCCCCUCCUCCCCCGGCACGCCGCUGCCCCCCGAGCCGCCAUAUUGGACGCUGUGCUCGCUGGGCGAGGGCGAGGCCGGGCGACUGACCAGUGAGUGCCCGGAGGACCUCGUCACGUUCACUAAGCGCACGCUGACCCGGGUUCGGCCCAGCUCAGUGCGUCUGGACUCCAGUAACCCCAACCCUCAAGGAUACUGGAAAGGAGGCGUCCAGCUGGUGGCCUUGAACCAGCAGACGCCGGGCGCCAUGUUGGACCUGCACCGAGGUCGAUUCACGCAGAACGGUGGGUGUGGCUACGUCCUGCGACCGGCCGUCAUGACGGACGUGGUGUCGUAUUUCAGUGCCCACACGCAGGGAUGCGUCCCGGGGGUUCCUCCACAGACGCUACGCAUUAAGGUCAUCAGCGCUCACAACCUGCCCAAGCCUCAGGGGUCGGGGGCAAAGGGAGAGGUCAUCGACCCCUACGUGGUUCUGGAGCUGCACGGCGUCCCGGCCGACUGUGCUGAACAACGGACACGAACCGCAGCUCAGAACCAGGACGACCCGCUGUUUGACGAGACCUUUGAGUUUGAGGUGAACAUGCCGGAGAUGGCCCUGCUGCGCUUCGUGGUCCUGGACGACGACUACAUUGGAGACGACUUCAUCGGUCAGUACAGCGUCGCCUUCGAGUGCCUUCAGCCCGGAUACCGCAACGUGCCCCUGCUCGGCAUGUCGGGAGACCCCUUACCCCACACCAGCCUGUUUGUCCACGUGGCCGUCACCAACCGGCGAGGGGGCGGGAAGGCGCAGAGGCGGGGCCUGUCUGUGAGGCGGGUGGGGAGACGGGGGAGGGGCUACGUCACGCUGAGGAACACGGGCAUCAAGGUGGUGGAUGAGACCUUUAAGGCGGCGAGUUCCCCACUGAAGGAGGCGGCAGACCUGCGGGACGACGCUCAGAGCACCACUGCCAGUUUCAAAGAGCAGUGUGGGCUCCCCACGGUGGCCAAACUGAAGCAGUGCAUCCAGAGUCUGGCCACCCGGCUGCAGAGCCCCGAAGGCAGCAUGGGCGCCACCAUGGUGCUGAAGGAAGGUUACCCGUGUCUGGAGCCCCUGGUCAACCUGUCAGAGAUCACGCGCAAGCUGCUCACGGCCUACGACGCGAUGAUCGCCUCACAGAAGCAGCUGAUCGAGAGCGCAGACGCGGUGCAGGAGCGGAUCGACCAGGUCCAGAGAGAAGGCAUGGACUUCCAUGAAGAUCUGGCUCGGCUCGGGGAGAAGGAGGGGCUGAAGGGCCGGAAGCUGGGUAAAUCUGUGGAGAGCUUCACGUGGAACAUCACUGUCCUCAAGGGUCAGAGUGACCUGUUACGUGGAGCUAAGAUGGAUUCUCUGGACGCUCUGAGGCAGCUGGCUCUGGCCUGUGAAGCCUGUGGUCUCACGUCCUCGUCCUCCUCGUCCAACAACACCUCGUCCUCCGCCUUCUCCAUCGCCGAGCUGCAUUACUCCUCCCACCCUCUGUCCGGCCGCCGCAGCAGCACGCAUGGCAACGGACGCAUUUGACACACCUCCGUCCCUCUGUCCCUCUGUCCCAACGUCCGUGUCCCCCCCCCGUCCACCACUACCACCACUGACCGGGUCCAGCGUGCUGCCAAAGACGAAAGCAGGAGUGGAAACACAGAGACGAGGAGACGUGAAAGACAGAAAGUGAAUCUGUCCUCCUCCUCCUCCUCGCAGUGUCUAGACUUGACCAGAACAGAUGAGUGAAUCUGUUAAAGCCUUAGGUGAGUUCAUCCAUUCAUCACUGAGGCUCCGCCUGCACACAAGCGUCCCAUGAAUGUCCAGAGUUCCUGGAGGGGAGAGGAAAUCCCUGACAGCAGAAUCAUUUAUGACUAACCCCGCUGAUGUUUACGAUCUCCCCUGUCGAGCAGUGUGGUUCCCAAACAUGGGGUCGGGACCCACAGAUGGGUCACAAGAGAUAUAUUUCAUGAGAAUUUUCCCAAACCUUUUAGUUUCGAUGUGAAUUAUGUUGAGUUCAUUUUCAAAACACCUCGGUUAACAAGUUCAAAGAAACCCACAGAAGUCUGGGAAACACUGAUGCAGAGGAAGCAGCCUGAAGAAGACUCGGAGCAGGACUUUUCUUGGGUUAAGAUAUUGAAACGUGUGUGUGUGUGUGUGUGUGUAUUAUAAUAUGUUUUUAAAGCUCACAAACUUUGUGUUUUAUUGUUUGUUUGUUUUUAGCUCUAAUUGCAGUAAAAUGCAGUCAAACUUUAGUUAUACCUCAUAUAAAAAAACGGUUUCUUCAUCGUCGCAUACGCAUUCUUCCAUGUUUUCAACAUUCCACUCCAGUAUGUCGUCUUACCUGGUCUUACCUGGUCUUACCUGGUCUUACCUGGUCUUACAUUGUCGGGCGUCUCUUCAGGGUUCAUGCGUGAUAAUGACACUUCAUGCGGACCAUAGUGAACCUUGUGGACGCAGAGAGUUCCAGGCUCUUGGUUCGAGGUCUCCACGUCUGGGACAUCCAAAUAUGAGGGUUCUUCAAGAAGUUCUCUGUCUGAGCUGGAAACAAGGGGGCGGGGAAUAACUGUACAAAAUAAAUCCAUUUGUCACAGUCCACAAAAACUCAAAUACUCGUUAAAAUCAAAAGACAUGGAGAAGAAGAUGUCUGUGAAGGUUCUCACAAGAGGACAACUGGACUCGCUUGAGUGAAGCUGAUGAUGAUUCACCUCCAUCCCAAGAGGUGAGAUCUUCCUCAACUCAACUCGAGUAAGUCCAGUGGCCUCCACCAGGGUUCCUCAAUUCUAGUUCCAGAUGUUUCCCCUGCUCCAACACACCUGAUUCAGAUGAAUGGGUUGUCGUCCGGCUUUAGCAGAACUUGAAACAUCUAGAACAUGCCGGAUUGUGGGAUUGAAAAGCCCUGGCUUACAGGUAACUGCUGAGGAUGACAAGAAGUUUAUAGUUCCAGAAGAAGCCAAACGUGGAUUUGAACCGGCACCUUACUCACCUGAGCAGACACCAGCUGACCUCCUGGUCUCCUUCCCAAAGUGAAAUCAAUGCUUUUACAGAAGAAUCUGAAGCUUUAAGACUCAGAUUCAGGGACCUUCUCUGGUGACGAGAUAGUGUGAACAUUGGUGGACCAAGUGCACUGAUGUGUAAGACUUUCUCCCGAGAACUUUUAAAGUAGCCUCAGAUGUGUGGAGGAAAACGUGGACGUGGAAACUAUGAACCGGCGUUGACGUUGCCUGAAAGUCGAUAAAAUACGAUAAAAGAUUAAGAGUUCCUCACGCUCUCCUCUUACUGAGCUGUUGUUGGCCUUCAAACUUGAAUUCUGAAUGACCUUUUAGGCAAAUACGAGACCAUCACGUCUAAAAUAUCAACAGUUAUGAAUAAGAUUUGAGAAUUUAAAGCGGUGGAAUGGACUUUUAGGUUUUUUUCUUCAUCAUUGGCGUCAGUUUUCUCGGUGGAUAUUUCCAGAUUUCAGAGUUGUUUUCUGGUUGUUUGAGAAACUCUGCUUUAUUCAUGUACUGUGUGGAAUGAGGAGUGUGUGUGUGUGUGUGUGUGUGUGUGUGUGUGUGUGUGUAAUGUCAUCAUUAUCUCCAUGGUCUGAAACACGAGGACCGAGGCGCAGUCGAGCAGAUGUGUAGUAAUUGGAGAGGUUGUAGUACUACAUGUCUGCUGUAGUACGACUGUGGGUCAUGUGACCUCCUGUGUGUGUGUGUGUGUGUGUGUGUGUGUGUGUGAUGAAUAUAAGAUGUAGCAAUAAUGAAUAAUAACAAUCGUGGGUAGAAGUUACAGGAGAAAGUCAGCGUGGCGUGCUUUAACUGUACUGACUGAAUGGUUUGAUUAUUGACUAACUGUGUAACUCAGUGAUGCUUUUAAACGUCGGUGUCCAGCAGGUGCUCGUCGUCGUACUCUUGUCAGUGUCAGUGGUUCCUCCAAGCCUUUUCAGUGUAAGCGUGUGUUUCUUCUUCUUCUUCUUCUUCUCAAAGCAGCAAAUACCGGAUUCUGGUUCUUUUAACUCAGCGUUUCUACUCGUUCUCUUCUCCUCGUGUUGGAUCUUAAGCAACACAAUCUCGGCAGAAGAGAUUUACCUCCUUUUUGAGUGUCGUCACACGUCACGAGCCUCUCGUCUGGUCAACAAGAGUGAUUUUUAUGCUACAGUUGAAUGAUUGCGUGUCAAAAAAGCCAAAAUAUACAGUUACAGGUAGAUUUAAAGGUUAUUGGAAGUUGUUUUGAGAACAAGAGCGUGGUUUAUGUGUCGUCAACAGGAAAAACAAAGAAGACCCACCCAGUUCAGUCCAGACUUGAUUUGUCCAAUAAGAAAGAGUCUUUAUCCUUCAUGGUCGGGUGUUCUUCUUCUUCUGCCACCAAGUUCUGGCAGAUUGUUCUCUACAGUCGAAGUCCCAAAUCACAGUUUGUAGUCUCAAACCAUCAUUCUCAUCCUAAUUCUUUCCCCGUUCCUUAAUCCUUCUGGAUCCAAAUCCCCAGUUCCGUCUUGGUGGGUCUUCAGCACAGAAGUACUUACAUAUGAACCAGUUGCGUAAAGAAAUGCCAAACAUUAAAUCCUUAGGUCAGACAUAUGGGUCCACCACUAAUCUGUGUGUUUUUGGACUGUGGGAGGAAGCAGGAGAACCUGGAGAAACC